AUGGCCUACGUAGAUUCAUUACUCUCAAAAUGCACUUCCUUUUCACAACUCAAACAACUCCAAGCACAUCUCAUAACCACCGGCAUAUUCCAAUUCUACACAUCCCGCUCCAAAUUCCUCGAUUUCUGCGCCAUCUCUCCCUUCGGCAACCUCCUUUACGCCGCCCACAUCUUCCGCCACAUCACUUCUCCUUGCAAAAACGAAUACAACGCCAUCAUUCGCGGCCUUGCCCAAAGCCACAAACCCAUUGAUGCCAUCACAUUUUAUAUCUCUAUGGCACGUGACUCUUGUAUGCCUGAUGCUCUUACUUGUUCCUUUACGCUUAAAGCUUGUGCACGUGCAUUGGCCCGUAUCGAAACCCCACAAAUCCAUGCUCAGGUGAUACGAUUUGGGUUUAGUGCAGAUGUUUUGUUGAGGACGACUUUGCUGGAUGCAUACUCGAAAUGUGGUGAUUUAAGGGAUGCGUGCAAGGUGUUUGAUGAAAUGUGUGUGAGAGAUAUCGCGAGUUGGAACGCGUUGAUUGCUGGGUUAGCUCAAGGGAAUAGACCAACUGAAGCUUUGUUGCUUUUUAAGAAAAUGAGAGAGGAAAAUGUUAAUAUGGAGCCGAAUGAGGUUACUGUGCUUGGUGCUCUUUCUGCUUGUUCGCAGUUGGGGGCGAAUAAAGAAGGGGGACGUGUUCACGAUUAUAUUAAAAGUAAGAAUCUUGAUGGAAAUGUGAUUGUUUGUAAUGCUGUUAUUGAUAUGUAUGGGAAAUGUGGUAUUCUUGGAAGAGCUUAUGAGGUGUUUAAUGAGAUGAAAUGCUUGAGGACUCGUGUCACGUGGAAUACUAUGAUUAUGGCACUCGCGAUGUAUGGAGAUGGAGAGCAAGCACUUGAGCUUUUUGAGAGAAUGGGGCGAGCUGGGAUUGAGGCGGAUAGUGUGAGUUACUUAGCUGCCAUAUGUGCUUGUAACCAUGCAGGGAUGGUUGAGGAAGGAAUGAAAUUGUUUGAUGCCAUGGAUAGAUAUGGAGUGAGUAAGAAUGUAAAGCAUUAUGGUAGUAUGGUGGACUUGUUGGGAAGGGCUGGGAGGUUGGAUGAAGCUUACAAAAUUGUUCAGUCAAUGCCUACAGUUCCUGAUGCAGUUUUAUGGCAAACUCUGUUAGGGGCUUCCAAGACUUAUGGAAAUGUGGAAAUGGCAGAGAUAGCGUCCAAGAAGCUAGUUGAAAUGGGAUCAGAUCAUUGUGGGGAUUUCGUGUUGCUAUCCAAUCUUUAUGCAGCACAAGGGAGGUGGCACGAUGUGAGAAGAGUAAGGGAGGCGAUGAAAGGUCAGGAUGUAAAGAAGGUACCAGGUUUUAGCUAUAUUGAGGUUGGUGGAACGAUAUACAAGUUUAUGAAUGGUGAUAAGAACAAUCCGAAGUGGGAGGAGAUUUAUUGGAAACUUGACGAGGUCUUGUUAAGGAUUAGGGAAUACGGGUAUGUGGCCGAAACUAAUUAUGUGUUUCAUGAUAUUGGAACGGAGGAGAAGGAGAAUGCACUGUGUUACCAUAGUGAGAAGCUGGCAGUGUCUUUUGGUUUGAUUAGUACACCUGAUGGAACUUGUAUAAGUGUGAAUAAGAAUCUUAGAAUAUGUGGGGAUUGCCAUGUUGUGAUUAAGCUCAUAUCAAAGAUAUACAAGCGGGAGAUUAUUGUGAGGGACAGGACUCGUUUCCACAGAUUUAAAGAUGGGACUUGUUCUUGUAAAGAAUAUUGGUGAGGUUGAUCCAAAUGUUUAUGUAAUUCGACGUGGCACAGAAAAUCAUAUGUAUAACUGAAAGGGCUGACCUUGUGCACAAAGUGCUAUCCGAGUUUGACAGAUAGGGGAGAAUGGAUGUGUGCCGUAUGCAGCAUUACUUGGCAUUUCCGCAAAGAGACUGUGGAAGUCGCGACUUACAGGUCACUAAAGGAGCAACUCUACCAUUAUAACAGAGCUUGCACUCACAAGAGAUAUGAUUCAUUUUCAAAAAUCUGAAGCAAGGAGCUUCUUCCUCUUGCAGAAAUUUGUGUUGAGGAAUCUGUUUUGUAUAAUGUCAUGAAAAGAGGAGUUUUACAGAAAAUUAACUUUCACCUUUCUUUUGCUGUUGAUUCAAUUACUAUUGGCACUACAUGUGCGCGCUAGUCAAUAAACAAGUCGAACUAACCUGUUCUCUUUUGAUUAAGCAAAUAUAAUGGUGUUGCAAAGCAGCAAAA